GCAUGAAAUGUGAAUGGUUUUCGUUUGUGUGGCUCUUCUCUCCCUAUAUUUUCAUAAUGGGUCCAUAAAUCCUUGUAAUUAUUCAUCUCCCAGCUGCUCUCUGCAAAACCAAGAAGCCCAUUUUUUUUGGCUUUUAACACACCUCUGGCACACACAAAAGUCACAACCACACACUCUCUCUCUCCUCUUGGGAUUAUUAAUGAAAAUGAAUGUCCUUUGGAUAAUGACCCCCAAAACAGACCAUCCUUUUUUUUAAAAAAAAUUAAAUAAUGUAUGACUCACAUGAGCUAUAAGAUGAUGAUUCUUCAUGGGGUCUGAGGGAUUCUGACUUUUCUUGGGUGUUGGGUUCUGAGUAAAAAUCUUGCUUUUCUUCCUCAUGCAAGCAAAACAUCUUACUUUUUGCAUUUUUUUACUCUUGUAGUUUUAGAGGGUGGGUUUGUGGGGUUGAAAUAGUGUACUAGUCUUACCAUAUAUUCUUUUUUUUUUUUUUUAACCUUUCUUCUUUAUUGUCAAAGGUGGAAAAAAAGGUCCUCUUUCACGACUUUUUGCUGAACAUUGUUUGGGGUGAAAGGGGAAAAACCAAUGAUUUGUUUUGGGUUUUUCUCCAUUUUUGGAUUUGGAUUUCUGUGAGAAGUUAAUAUAUAUGUCGGGAACAAAUAAUAAGGGAUCCAUCUUUUGGUAUGAGACAGACAAUCUUGGAAUGCCAUUUUAAUAGGAAUUGAAGCUGCUGUUUUUGGAAAUUUAUCACAACUUGGUUAUCUUCUUCUCCAGUACUAAUUCUUAGAAUUACUUUCUACUAAUAAUGUUUGCAAUCUUUCAAGUAUUUGUAUUUUGGAUGUGUUUUAAGAUCAAUUAUAAGGUGAGAAACACUUUUUUCCCUUUCAUGUUCCUGGCUUUUCUAUCCUUAAGUUCCAUGUAAGCCAUCUUUUGGUUUCAUUCUUGGUUUAUCAUUCUCUACUACUUGACGUGUGCCAUAUUUUUUUCUCUUAAAGUAACGGAGAGAAACUUUGAUAGUUGUUGUUUUGACAUGAUAAUUUUUUUCACUUAAGCAGCCCUCUACACACUGACUAGGAAAUGGUUUUGUCAGAUGUUUGUUUCAUACUCCUAUUUUCAUCUUGCUUGAUCAAGAAAGUAAGAAUUUGGCAAAUUAACCCUUCCCAUUUGGAGAUUUGAGAACUUUGAUGGCAGUUCAUGGGAAUUAUUGUUGAACUCAAGUGGCGGAUUCAUAAUUUAAUGGAUGUGGGUUCUGAGUUAGGAGAGUCAGUUAUGAAAUUAUAUGUAUGUCUAAUUUCUUCCUAUAUUUGUUUUUCAGACAUCAAAGAGCAGAUUGUUUGCUUUCCAUAUUUCUGCUAUUAUUUAAGAACAAUUCUGGCUGAGGGUCUUAUCUGAAACAGUUUCUCUGCCUCUCAAGGUAUGGGUAAGGCAAUUUGAUUCAAAAGUAUAGAAGUGUGAACAUUUGCUGAUUUAAUGCUCGUGGAAGAACUGUUUGCAUGUCAGCAGCUGUUCUUAGCUUGAUCACUUUACUUUGUCGUUCCAUAGAAAAACCUGAAGUGAUGUGUAUAACACAAUAUGCCACUAGAAAUGACACAGCCUCAUACUAUUAUAGAUGAAAAUUAUCUUCAUACAGCCAUUGUUCCCAUUAGUUUUCCUGAUACAGUCUGUCUGAACAAUCAGAAAAACAUUAUGUAUGGACAAAACCAUAUCAUGGAUGGACAAGAAAUUCCUUAUCCUUCCAUGCUACAAGGAGAAAUCAUAAACAGUUCUCAAGGUUGUCUAAAUCUACCAAAUUUUCCCCGAGCUGUUGAAACUGAAGCAAUUCACAAUGUACUACCAGCAGGGAGAAACAGAAUAAAGGGCUCCUCAUUUAGUACUUCUUAUCCAAUAAGUAAUUCUUACACAGAGGAUCAACAUAUGGAGGGAAUACCAAUUUCUGCUGUGUCUCUUGCAAAUCUUUUGGCUGCAAGGAAUGCUGUGCAUGAGAAUCUUGAAAAUUUAGCAAUAGUGGCUCCCUUUUCACAUCCCGCAGAAGGCCAGAAAAUUGAUGGUCUAGACUAUCCUAAUGUAUUGAAUCAUUCAUUUGGAUCGUACAGAAACUAUGAGUUUGAUGGUGUCCCAGAAAUCCCUGGGACGGUUUUAGGACGAGCACAAUCUCAACCUUUCCAAUUAACUGAAAAUGUGAAUUCAAACACAUGGUUCUCAUCAGAAACAGCCAGUUUGAGUUCUGAUAGUCCCUCAGGAUCUUCCAGAUUUAGCAAUGAGCUCUGUCUAAGUCUCACAACAUCACAAUCUGCUGUUGUAUGUGGGCCUAUUAUCCAGGACCAAUGCUCGGAUAUAAGCUGCUCUGGUGUCACCAACCAUGCUUUCCCUCAAAGACAUUUUGAUUCGGAGUUAACGUCUUGCAACAGCAGAAAUUUGUCUUUGAACUUUGUUUCAUACAAACCUGUCCACCUUUCACAAUUCUUAACCGGAUCAAGAUAUCUUCGUGUAAUGCAAGAAAUACUCUCUGAAAUUGCACAGUUAUCUCUUCAAAAUCAUAACUUGUUAGGUUAUCGAGGAAUGGACUGUGGUGCAAACACUUUGUCUGCAUUGAGUUCAGAUUCUGCAAGGGGCUAUGCGGCCUUGCAUUCUGAUGAUUUACCUGAUGCAGACCAUAGAUUCAUUGGUCAGAUGGAUAGUGAAGCAAAGAAAAAAAAUCUGGUGGCUUUAUUGCAAGUGGUUGAUGAACAAUACAACCAAUGCUUGGAUGAGAUUCAUAUGGUCAUCUCUGCAUUUCAUGCGGUCACUGAGUUGGAUCCUUGUAUACACGCUCGUUUUGCCCUUAAAACCAUCUCCUCCUUGUACAAAAACCUGAGGGAGAGAAUAAGCAAUUACAUUCUUGCGAUGGGAGAACAUUUUAACAAAGGAGGAGAAAGGGGAGUAGAGAAAUCAUUUGAAACAUCCUUCAUUCAAAAGCAGUGGGCACUUCAGCAGCUAAAAAGGAAAGAUCAUCAGUUAUGGAGGCCACAGAGAGGCUUGCCGGAAAGAUCUGUCUCAGUUUUAAGAGCAUGGAUGUUUCAGAACUUUCUUCACCCUGCGUUUCAGAUAUCCAAAGGAUGCAGAGAAGCAAUUGUUGGCAGUAAAAAGUGGAUUAACAAGGAGUCAGGUAUCUAAUUGGUUCAUAAAUGCUCGAGUUCGGCUUUGGAAACCAAUGAUAGAAGAAAUGUAUGCUGAGAUGAAUAGAAGGAAAAUUCGUACUGGAAAUGAAGAUGAAGCCAAUCAUCGAAGAAAUCACAGAAUUAUUGAGAAUCAUUUAUUUACUAUGCAUUGACAUGAUUAUUAUGUAUAAUAAUAUUUUUGAGUUAAUAUAUAUCACUAGUUUAGUCGAGCUUCAUCUUCAUCCUUCUAAUAGAGGAGAAGAUAAUUUGCGCAA